UCUUUUUUUUGUCAUCCUCUUCCUCACGUCAAUCCCGCGAACAGGCGGACGAGGGAAAAUAAGAGGCGAGCGCGGCGCGGGCGGAGGCCAAGGCGGCCGGGGCGAGCGCGGCGCUCGCGGAGGCCAGGGCUGCCGGGGCGGCGACGGGAUCCAACGGCCGGCACAUCGAGCUAGCUAGCUAGCUCUUCGCUAGCUCCAUUCGAAUGGAUUGAGCUGCUAGCUAGCUAGCUCCGUUCGAAUGGAUUGAGCUAGCUAGCUAGCUCCGUUCGAGAGCCGCGGAGCCACGGGCGAGCGCGGCGGCCGGGACGGCCGGCCGUCCGGCUAUCGGACGGCCGGCGAGUGAGCGCGGUGGCCGGGGCAGACGGGCGCGGCGGCCGGGCGAGCUUCAUGGCGUUGGCGGGGGCAAAGAUUCCUCAACCGUCAAUGUUGACCGGUCCGGUAUGCAAGGCCCUGAUAAAUUUGCCCUCAAAACUGUAUAUUUAUGAAGGUUUCGUGUUCGUGUUUACAGGGCCCCUAAAAAAUUUUAAGGGUCGGACGAUUUUGCGGGGUCUGUUCGGGCUUUUUUUUACUGAAACUGUAAAAAACAGUUAUUUUACGGGUUUGACCAUUUACAUUUAUACGGGUUGCUAGAGAUGCUCUAAGGUCGCCGUAAGAAAUGCUGCCGACCAUAUUAAGAUAUGCACCCAUAUGACAUCAACCGCUCUGUUAGUUGUCUCUCUUCCUCCGAUGGUUGGCUCGUUGCUUGCUUCGUCUGUACGCAGCGGAAUUCUUGCGCCAAGACUCACGAGGCAUCCCCGCAAAGACGUCGGAAUUCUCGAGAAAUAGCGUGACCAUCGGCCAGUGAAUUGCUAGUGAACAAGUCGGCAGGUGGUCAGAGGCACGGGAAGCCAUGGCCGUGGAUUGCUUCCACCGCGCGUAUGCGCUGGCCAUCGUCAACGCCGUCUGCAUCGGCGGCACGGCCAUGAUCCUCUACGCGCUCGUCAACCUGGCGCGGAAGCCCGACCACAGCAGGGGCUCCAUCAUCGUGCUCACGGUCUUCCUCCUCUUCUGGGUCGGCGUCGGCGCCAGCGUGUACACGGCCUUCUGCGGGGUCCUCUUCCCGUGGUCGGCGCUGCGCCGGUGCCUGGCCUCCACCAGCGGAGCGCUGAUGUACUACUUCCGCCGCACGGGCUGGCUUCACUGCCUGCCGGGCCGGUCCAGGCUACGGCGCCGAAGCGGCAGCAGCGCUCUGCCCCAGUUUCUGGACCAAAUACAGCAGAGUCACAUGCCCGCGCUGGCCAGGGAGCCGCCGGCGCAUGGCGGCGCGAGGGUGGCGACGGCGUAUGACGUCCUGGCGUACGAGCAACCGGAGGGGGGCGGCGCGUCGGAGUGUGCGGUCUGCCUCGGGGAGGUGGAGAAGGGGGACACGAUGAAGCGGCUGCCGGCGUGCCUGCACAUGUUCCACCAGCAGUGCAUCGACCCGUGGCUGCACGAGCACUCCACCUGCCCGGUCUGCCGGUGCAUCGUCUUCGCGCCGUUGCCGGCCCAAAUGGUAUGAGCGACACCGACGAUGAAAGACAGCUGAGCGCACAACUCAAACCCUUGUCCAGGUCUCCCGGAAGCCGGAACGGCGAUGGCGGCGCAUCUUGCGUCGUGGCUUUUCCUGCAGAAGGCAUCAUCUUGGAGUCGUCUUCGGUUGCGGAUUCCACCAGCUCUUGCCGUGGCGAUGCUGAGACGGUGAAUCUGGAUCUGAUUGGUGCGGCCUCUUGUUCGGCUCCAAGCGGAGAUGCUUUGCUAUUGGGUUUUGGUAGUAUGUGUUUUCCUGCGUGUUCAUGGGAUUCUCGUGCCCCGCCCUAUGUUUGUGGAGAUAUAUGGGUUUCAACU